UUUCAGUUGACUCUUGACGCUAGGUUCCAACGGAGAGAUGCAGUCGAUAAGAGUGCGCGCUGUAUCGAUAUUCGCCAAGAUAUCCAGGGGCGGUGGACAAUUCUGAUUUGAUGGAGACAGACGUGAUUACACAGGAACAUCUGGAGAAACUUCUGGAACGCUCGUUCGCUGCUGUUGUUACUGCACGGUCGGGAAUCUUCCGGAGGGAAGGCCUCAAAAUCCUCGGCUUUGCCUGCUGUUGGCGACCGAGAUUGAGGUCGAAUCGUUCGGACAUAGAUUUUCCUGUCCCUCACAGUCAAAUAUUUCACAGUCUUGCUUGAAAUAUCUAACUUCUACACAGUCGUAACAGAAAGUACCGGUCGCUCUUUUGCUAAAACACCCUUUUCAGCAGCAUUGCAGGUCCUACAGCUAUAUCUGGGCAGGACAGUCAGAUGGUAACCAACAGAAGAUGGAGAAACCCUUGCAGCUGGUUUAUAACAAGGACGGGAAGCUUCACCUGAACCCAGAGGCUCUGAAGGUCCUGCAGUCCAUCGAGGAUCCAAUGGUUGUUGUGUCUGUGGUUGGUGCUGCUCGUACAGGGAAGUCCUACCUCAUGAACUGUCUCGCAGGAAACAAGAAGGGAUUCUCAGUGGAUUCAACCGUCCAGGCUCACACCAAAGGAAUCUGGAUGUGGUGUCGAUCUCUCCCUCAGAGACCCAAUGAGGUCCUCCUGUUGUUGGACACCGAGGGUCUGGGAGAUCCUGAGAAGGGAGACAGCCACAAUGAUCAUUCCAUCUAUUCAUUGGCUAUCCUUCUGAGCAGCAUCUUCAUUUACAAUGGUAAAAGUCAAAUAGACCAGCAAGCCCUGCAAGACCUACAUUUUGUGACUGAACUCUCCAAGCGGAUCCAGAUGAAGUCCCAGCCCGAUGGCUCUGACAGUUGGGACUUUGUCCGUUUCUUCCCUGAAUUUAUCUGGGUGAUCCGUGAUUUGACACUGGAUUUGAACAUCGAUGGAAAACCUGUGACUCCGAAUGAGUACCUGGAGCACAGUCUGAAACUGAAGAACAGUGAGCUCAGUGAGCAGGACAAGAAAUACAAUGAACUCCGCAGGUGUAUCCGUAAUAAUUUUCCCUCACGUUCUGGUUUUGCAUUUCCCAUUCCCAUAAACUGGAAGUAUCUCAGCCAACUUCAGGAAUUGGAGGACGAGGAUCUGGAUGAGGAUUUCAUCGGCAAUCGGAAGAAACUCGUCAAAUACAUUCACACCCACACGAAAGUCAAGAGAGUUCUUGGGGGUCAGCUGGUCACGGGCAGGAGAUUUGUUGAAUUGACCAAGGCAUACGUGGAAAUGAUGGCAGAUGGGAACGUACCGUGUGUAGAGGGCAGUGUCGCCAAAUUAGUGGAGGUGGAAAGCCAGGCAGCUUUUGAUGAAGCCUUGAAAUUCUAUGAAGAUGAAAUGAAAAAAAUCUCAGAAUCUGACGACCUUACUAUGAACAAGCUCAUGGAGUAUCACAAUAUGAAGAGCAGAGAGGCAUUCAAUAUCUUCCACAAAAAAUCUAUGAACAACAACAGUGGCAAAUACAUCCAACAGCUGGAGGAGACAAUAAGUUCUAUUUACAAUUCUCUCAUGGCCAAGAUCAAGAAAAUGUCACAAGAGGAAUGUGAGACACAUCUACAAAAAGUAAUGUCAUCAAUAAAAGCAAACCUGACAUCUGGACAUUACCAGAGACCUGGUGGUUUCCAAGAGCUUAAGAAGGAUCUUGAUAAGGCCAUCAAGGAGUAUGAAGAAAAGACUAAGAAUGAAAUGGAGGGGUGGGCUGUCCUAACCCAUUUCCUGGCAGAGGAAAAACACAAACUAGACCAUGUAAAGGAGAUGGACAGCAAGCUGACAGAGGAAGAAAAGCGUGUCUCUGAUUUGGAAAAGAAGCUCUCACAGAUGAAACAGGAGAUGGAGAAAAAGGAGCAGGAGAGAAAGGCGGCUGAGGAACGCAGGGCUAAGGAGAUCAUAGAGCAGAUCAAGAAAAAAUUUGAGGAGGGUAAAAAGUACAGUGUGGAUGAGCUGAAGGAAGCCAUGGAGCAUAUGAGGAGUGAGAUGGAGAAAUACGAAGUCGAGGGCAGGAAGGAGGAUGCAAGAAGGGCUCAGCAGAUGUACGAGCACCUGAAGAAGUUAUAUGAGAAGGCAAGAAAUUGGAGUUUCAGUGAUUACAUGGGAGUUCUGUAUGACUACCUCAAAGAAAUACUGAAAAAGAUAUCUGCAUUAUAACACCAUAAGACCACAAGAAAUAGGAGCAGAAUUAGGCUAUUUGGCCCAUUAAGUCUGCUCCACCAUUUCACCAUGGCUGAUCAAUUUUUUCCUCUCAGACCUAUUCUCCUGCCUUCUCCCCAUAUUACUUCAUGCCCUGACCAAUCAAUCUCUGCCUUAAAUUUACAUACAGACUUGCCCUGCACAGUAGCCUGUUGUAAUGUAUUCCAUCGAUUCACCAUUCUUCGGCUGAAGAACCUCCUCAUCAUCUUCAUUCUAAAAGGAUGCACCUCUAUUUCAAGGCUGUUUCCUCUUGUCUUCGACUCUCCGACCAGAAACAUCCUCUCCAUCAAGGCCUUUCACCAUUCAAUAGAUUUCAAUGAGGUUACCCCUCAUUCUUCUUAAAUCCAAUGAAUACAGGCCCAGAGCCAUCAAAUGCUCUUCAUAUGACAAGUUGAUCAAACAUGGAAUCAUUUUCGUGAACCUCCUUUAAACCCUUUCCAAUUUCAGCACAUUGCUUCUAAGAUAAACGGGCUAAAAUUGCUCUCAAUACUCCAAAUGAGGCCUCACCAGUGCUUUAUAAAGUCUCAAUAUUACAUCCUUGCUUUUAUAUUCUAGUCCUUUUGAAACGAAUGCUAACAUUUGCACUUCCCUUCCUCAGCACGGACUCAACAUGCAAAUUAACCUUGAAGGAAUCCUGUACAAGCACUGCCAAGUCCACGUGCCUCAGUUAGUUGUAUUUUCUCUCCAAUUAGAAACUAGCCAACCCUUUCAUUUCUUCUACUAAAGUAGAAGCGAUACACUUCCCCACACUGUGUUCCAUCUGCCACUUCUUUGCCCUUCUUUGUCCAUUCUCCUAAUCUGUCCAUGUUCUUCUGUAGCUUCUCUACUACCUCAAAACUACCUGCCCCUUCACCUCUGUUCAUAUUAUCUACAAUCAUCCCUUUAUUUCCACUCUUUACUCCCUGCCAAUCAGCCACUGCUCUAUUGAGGCUAGACUCUUUCCUGUAAUACCAUGGUCUCACAGCUUGUUCAGCAGCCUCAUGUGUGGCACCUUGUGAAAGGCCUUAUGAAAAAUCCAAAUUAUGGUGUCUAUCCUUAGCAAUGAAGUAGUAAAAAAAUAGGUGUACAUUUAGAAAUGUGUCCACAGCACCUAUCCUGUGAUAUCCCUGAAAGGUUCUAACCCACCCACCCCACCCCGCCACCACCGCAGUCUGAUCAAUGAACUGGACCUCACUCCACACAUUCUACAUCCAAUCCCCAGCCUGAUAUUGGGUUGCACACACUGGAACAUUUAAAGCAGGGUCAAGAAUUUCAUCCUACUUUAUGCACAGAUUCCAGCUGAUGAAUUUCAGAAACCCAGAGAUGUGAAUGAGAUCAUUUCCCCACGACCUUGUGCAAUAUGCCCCCCUCACUAAAUCCCCCUCCCACAGCCCACAGACACUCUUCCCCCAUCACCAACUUUCCCCACCCAUCAAAUCCCUUACCAUGGUCCAUAGACACUCACUCCAUCACUGACUGUCCUCACCCAUUGAUCCCCUAUCCACAGCCCAUGGGCACUCUCCCACCAUCCACUGAACACACUCCCACAGCUCAUAGACACCUUGUUCAAUUACCAACCUCUCCCCCACCCCAACCUCACACACUAUAUCUCCUCCUGGAUACUCCCACCCACCAAGUAGGGUCGUGGACAUUUCUUCAGGAGGUAUUGGACUCCGGAAUUACCACUGCCAAAAUAUAUCCUGAGGAGCAUUUUCUGCAUUCCCGCAUCAAGGUUCCAGACUGUAUCCAGUUUUUGGUAGCUAAUUAUAGAGAUACAGUACAUGCCCAAUUCUUAUCCAUACAAGUAUGUAUUUCUUUAAUCCUCUCAUACCCGUCCAAUACUGUCCCACAAUUACCUGAAAUAUCUGUUCUUUAAUUAUAAGGGGGUCUGUUUAUACUGAGGCAACUCAUCAAUCUCACCCUGGCACAGAACGUCUACUCCCACAACCUCCUUUUCUCCUGGUUCAGCAGUCAGCUCUAUUCAAUUCUGACCAUGUUGAGAAUGUGGCAUUCUGCACUAUGUUCUGUGGAUUACUCUCUCUCAGCAGUAGAGUUUCCUCUCAGAGCCUGAUGGGGAACUUGUCAUCUUCCACCAUCAAUCCACGAUCAGUCUGAUUACUGGAUCACACUAAUUAUCCAAGCAUAAAUCCAAACACCAGCAAUGAAAAAUUGGAAGCUGAAGUGCGAGAUGUACAUUCAGCAAAGAAACGCGAGACUGCAAGUGCUGGAAUCUGGAUCAAGAAACAGGAAGAUGGAGGGAUCUUCAGUGCAGAGCAGCAUCUGUUGGUGGGGGUGGGGGUAAAGGAAUUGUUGACGCUGGGUCAAGAUCAUGUAUUAGAACUGAUAGAGGUGUCCUCAGCACAUGGUCUUGACCCAAAAUUUCAACAAUCCCUUUCCUACCGCUGAUGCUGUUUGAUCCAGAGUUCAUCCAGCAGGUUAUUGCUUUAUAUAGUUUUAGUUAGUAGAUUUGUUAAGUAACAUAGAUGCUACAUUUAACCAUAAUAUAACUUAAUGACAAAUCAGUAAUCUUUCCAAUUAGCCAAAUCAAUGUAACUGCAAUAAUAAGAAUCAGGAUAUUUAUGUGUGGAUGAACUUAGAUAUUGGAUCCUCAUCCCACCACAUGGAAGUGUAGAUUUAAAUACUAGCAGUUUGUAUAUGCUAGUAAAUCUGUGAAACUUUAAUAAAAGUCUGGUGUGAA